GAAGUGCCCCAGAUGUCCUCUCCAACAUGAUGGUUAAACGAGAAAAAUGCAGGUGGAUAUUCAAUCAAUUUACAUAGUGCUAAAUUCACUCCAAUGAACUGAUUAAAGUAUCAUUGCACUUGCUUCUUUAAUUGGAGCUUAAGCCCAGGCUCCCGUCAAAUAGGUGUACGCUGCGAUGUAUUACAUCACAAGGUUGUUACUGACGUGUGUCUGUGUGAAUUUCAUCGCAGGCUUAGAACAAAACAACAAGUCAGACAUUUCGUACGAUUUCGAGCACCAUAGUUCAAAGAAGUACGAUGCAGGAGUUCAAGAGUUCAACAUAAAGGAAGAUAACGCCAGUGAACCCGUCAACACAAAUCUCCUUUAUCCUGACUACUGGCAGGACGAUUCUCCGUUCGAAGAAACGGCCAGAUUCGCAGCGAUCUCCCCCGAGUUCUACGCGUCCACCUUCGGCAACAGUCUGCUCUCCAUCUACACGGCGUCGGUGCUCUUCAGAAACUCGUCGACCAUCGCCGCGGCGCCCAUCGUCUUGACGGUAUCGCUGCUGGCCGCUUUUGGUGCGGGCGUCGGGGCGCUCCUCGGCAUAGUUCUCGUGCCCAUCCAGAUAGCCAAUCAAAUAUUAGCUAUCAUCGCCCUGGCUUUGGUCGUUGCAUUCAUCAUUGAAGAAGCGAGUAUCUACAAAUACUUGAAAAAGAAUUACUUCGGCGGAGACUACGAAGACGAGACCUACUACGCGGUGCAGCCCAUAUCCUAUCCGCAGGACUACGGCAGGAGAGAGGGGCAGGAGGACCCUGGGGAGGAUGAGGCCCUGACAGCCCAAGACUGGAGCCCCGCGGGGGGCAGCACGUCACCCCCGAGCUCUGUCGCCACGUCGGGGCAGAGGAACAGAAUUGACGAAGCGGCGCGUCAGGUGUACUCGGCAUUAAAUAAAUACGACCACAGGAACCAAUACAAGGCUUUGGCUCAUAAAAAAUUUCGGGGGUCAGAGCCAGAUAAAUAUUUCUCGCAGAUGUUUUCGUAAGACAACAAUGUGUGCCGUUGGCCAUGUUAUCGUAAGAAAACAGCUUUAUUAGAGCUAGACAUCUUUUCACCAGCAUUGAUAGACGAGGAUUUUUUAGUGACGCGGCAUUAGGAUGGUCAGGUAACUAACUUGACACUUGUUAUGGGGAUUUAUCCUCAUAGGAAUAUUACAUUACAGAGAUGGAAUAACGGAUCCCGUGUUACUCCUUCAGAAUAUAUCGAUUUCAUGUCAUCAUUUGCUCCUCCCCUGCCGAUGAACUUUGACUCCAUUCAUUCGAGUCGUAUCAACUUCCUGAUGAGGCUCGAUCUUUAAGUCAUGAAUGAAAAAUCAUGAGUUGGAAUAAUUCAUGCACUGAUGGAAAUUUCUUCUUCAUUUUUCGCCCUCAUUACUAGAAGGUAAGAUGCACAUAACUAUGAAAAGCGUGCCGGUAUUUUUUUGGCGAUGUUAAUACGUACCUAACUAGGUGCAUGAAGAUCCUUGGUGGAGACUUUAUCUUCUUAGAUUGCUGUUGCGAAAAACGUAUCGUCUAAGAUUUUAGUUGUCGACAUCAAAUUUAUAACGAUUACAGUCAAGUACGCCUCAUCUCCGUAUAUUGUGAUGACGACAUCGCACAUUAAUAUUCUAAGAUUGUAAGUAUGGACACCAAAUGUUC